CUCCUGUUGGCGACUGUUUGGUCAGUGUUUUUAUGACCAGAUUCUCCUUCAAUGGAAUUUUACAACCAAUACAAAUAGUGUUCAACCAGACGGUACAUUCCUCCGAGUGUAAGAAGUUAUCGUCAACAGUACCUCAUCCGUGUUUGGGGACUAUCUCUUACAUAGAGGGAGAAAGAUGAAAUUGUCAGCAAGGUUAUAUUAAUAACUUCUUAUACCGAUUGUCCUCUAACAUAACCGACCAAUUUGCUCGUGGAACUGCGCGUGCCUUCUGCGUGGUUGUCGCCACAGCAACAUUUUGUGCACAGGAUUACGUCAGAAAGAGUUCUCCAGAGUUUCAUUGUGCCGAGUCCCAGGGGUAUCAAUAUUGAAGCUGGAUGAUGUUCAGUUGAGUCGCAAUAUGCAACAUUGUAUGGUUAAUCAAUAAGCUUCUUUUGAGCAAAUAAUUCUUUAGAAAAUUCGUUGAAAGUUGGAACUGAAUUUGGAUGUUUUAAACGUUUUGAGCUGUCCUGAUGUUACCGAGUUGAGGUUGUGAUAUGCCGGCAGACGAUAUAGACUGGCGGCGCCCUCUAUUUAAGGUGAUACUUAUUGGGGAGGCGGGCGUUGGUAAAUCCUCUUUGUUCCUCAGGAUUAAGGACAAUGUGUUUAUACGGGGGCUGCAGCCAACCGUCGGCAUCGAGAGCUGUGUGAAGGCACUGUAUGUGGAGGACGAAAGGGUCUCGUUGGCCAUUUGGGACACAGCAGGCGUUGAAAAAUUCAAAACAAUGACCCGGAACUACUAUCGCAACACGCACGCAGCCCUGCUGGUGUAUGACGUUAACAACCCAGCCUCGCUCCAGUACCUGACAAAGUGGGUCAGUGACGUCAUGGAUUUCGCUCCUAAUGCUCUGAGAUUUGUGUUGGGAAACAAGUGUGAUCUAGAACGGAAUGUUAUAACGGACAGCACAGAGAACUUCCGGUAUGCACACAACUGCGAAUGUGUACUUCCAGUUUCUGCAAAAACUGGAGAGGGGAUAGACAAUGCUUUAAAUGUUGUGGCAACGAAACUUAUGGACACUUACAAGACACCACUGUUUUACGAAUCUCUCUACAACAGUACAGUGGAAAUCACAAAACACCAGCCCAGACAGCGAGGUCGACCUCCCAGGGAGUGUUGUCAGACCAUAUGAAUCAAGAAAAUAAAUGUAUAACCUAAGCAUUCCCUGGCAACCCCACUGCCUUGCAUUGCACCUACUCGUGCAUAGUAAUAUUGCGUGUGUGGCAUAAUGCAUGCAUAUGUGGAGACGAAUGAACUUUUAUACCCGGUGAAAACUUUGUUAGUGUUCCAAUGUUUUGCUCCAUGAGAAAAUGUGCCAGAGACGAACGGACGCGAACACAGAAAUGUCAAAGGGAUAUACUCUACCUUUUUGUCGCCACAUGUGGUGAAAUGAUAUACGGAGUAUGUCCCUGGCCUCAAAUGUGGAGAUAAACUAUACUUUCAGAGCCGAAGGUGUUGACCUAGACUGGCCACCAGACCCUAAGUUGUUUUUUUUAAGAAUUGCCAAGCUAAAUUCUAGAAUCAGACAUAUCCUAGGGAUCAAAAUCAUAAAGCUCAAUUUUAUUUAUAAUUCUAAUAUUCUAGAGACAGGGGGCCAGUCUAGUGUUGACCAAGCAAACAUCUGAUGAAAUGUUUUAACAGGAGCAUAUAUAUGAAGUCUGAUUUGUUCCAAAGCCUCUUUGCUAUCAAUGUAUAUAUAUAUGUGUAUGUUUUUCUUCAAUAAAAACAGAGAACUACA